AUGAGCUCGCUUUUGACAGCCAUCGGUCUCCGCGCCCCCAAUUCGCUCGAAUCAGUAAUUCCCAACUAUUCUCCCUUCUUUCUAGGAUUCCAUUUUCUCUGGGCGUACGGCGUACUUUCCUCUCGCACGCUAAAGCAAUGGUACGGCAUCGACCAUCAAGUAUCUCCACGCGAAGAUCUCGCAAAAUAUGGCGAGGCCGCGAUACGAGAAGGGAAAAUGACGCGCAAGCAACUCGACAUGCUUAAGCGCAAUGAAGCGGCUCAUGCAAAUUCGGUCGAAAACUACCCACUUCUCGUGGGCAGUCUGCUUUUUGCAUCAUAUGCCGGGGUUCCUGUGCAGACAAUCAACGCGGCCGGUCUGUCGUAUACUGUCGCCCGCAUCAUCUAUGGUGCUGUGUACAUCUUUGUUGAUACGCCCAAGUGGAGUUGGACUCGUGGCGUGGUCUGGUGGUGGGGCAAUUUGAGCUGUCUCACCCUCCUAUAUCAGGCUGGUAAGCGUCUAAGUGCAUGA